CUUGAUGCCUCUUGAGAUGCCCGGGAAGGGUGAGGGGUGAUGGUGGCUGCGCCCGUUCCCCACCCAUGUGCGGAUCAAAUGAUCCCUCAAGGUGACAGUGCCCAACAGCAGAUGCUGACCCUGGGCACCCAACCUGCUCCCCACACCCCUGUCCACCCCAUCGGGCUGGACCAAGCUUCAAUGCCCACGAAGCCUCCUGAGCCAGCGCUGGUCCCACGGGUGUCCCCAGGGGCCAGGGGGCGGCGGGUCCGGGGUGGGGGGAAGCGGAGCCCGAGGCAGACGGAAAUGUUUAAAUAGUGCCUGCAGGCUCCGCGCUGUUCCCGGCUCCGCUCAGCCAUUAUCUGGGGAGCGGAUGCCGGGGCUCUGUGGGACUGCUAAUGGGCCGGUGCCAUUCCAGCGGGAUGACGCCACUUAGGAUCUGUAGAUGUGCCCUGAUGCCACAGGGUCUCCUCACUCCUGGAAAUGCAGCUCUCUUCCAGUGUGGCUGAGCUCAGCUGUGACGAGACAAUGGACCCACCCGUGGAGGACUUCCAGCAGGUCCUGUCCAUCGACCAAAUCCGCUCCAUCCGUGCCAGCAACAACUACGUGGAGAGACCGGCUGUGUGCUUCCAGCAAGCCCGCUCCAACCCAUCCCUGUCCCAGCUUCCGCACAAGCAAGAGUGGUCCCAGGACCGCCUGGUGUCUUCCACCUUCCAGGACCUGCACCGCAGCCACAGCCAACAGCACCAGAUACCACCCUUGCAACAGCACAUGAGCCACUCCAGCACAGCCAGCUCUGUCUCCCAAAGCACCACGGCCUCCGACCAGCGUCUCCUGAGCAGCCUCACCCCUUCCCACUCCGGGCACUCCCUGAUCCGGACGCAGCCGCGGGCCGGCGAGCUGAAAGCGGAGGAGUCUCCGCUGAAGGGGGUGGUGGAGAAGCCGCCCCUGCAUCCUGGGCACCUCUUCCUCUGCGAGGAGUGCGGGCGCUGCAAGUGCGGGCGCUGCACAGCCGCUCGCAGCCUGCCCUCCUGCUGGCUCUGCAACCAGCGCUGCCUCUGCUCCCCGGAGAGCCUCCUCGACUACGGGACUUGCCUCUGCUGCGUCAAGGGUCUCUUCUACCACUGCUCCACUGACGACGAGGACACCUGCGCUGAUGACCCCUGCUCCUGCGGGCCGGGGUCCUGCUGCGCCCGCUGGGCUGCCAUGAGCUUCCUCUCCAUCCUCAUGCCCUGCCUCUGCUGCUACUUUCCUACCCUGGGGUGCCUCAAACUUUGCCAGCGGGGUUAUGAUGGCCUGAAACGCCCCGGCUGCCGCUGCCAGAGCCACACUAACACAGUCUGCAGGAAGAUCUCUUCCUCCAGCAGCACACCUUUCCCCAAGACGCUGGAUAAGCUGGUAUGACCCUCCCGGGGAGGAGAAGCAGGCUUUAUUCCUCUUCCUCCUCAUCCUCCUCCUCUCCUUGCCAUCCCCCUCCUCUUCCAGCACCCGUCCGUUCUGCAGCGCUUCUCCCCUACCACCAUAACCCCUUGGGAAUAAGACUGGUGAGCUGGGGGUCCCACAGAGGAGUGCCUGGGGGAGCUGGCACCCGCUGGGGAGCAGUGGCGGUUUUGCACAUGCAGGUGAGGGACCAGGAAAGGAAAAGAGGAGGAAGACCAAGGGUGUUUGGGAGUGUGUCCUCAGGACUCUGCUCUGGGAGGGUUUUCAGAGCUGCCACUGCCCCAUGGUGAGGUCCUUCCUGAUGGGGGGACAAGUCAGGUCAAUGCAUCACCUGUGCAAGAGCCCUCCAGGAGCCAGACCUCCCCUUCUCUGUCUUUCUCCUUCUCCAGCACUUUCUUUGGGUGGCCUCUUUGCUCUCACGUGGCUAUAGAUCUGCUUUCCCCAAGGGCUGGGGUGAGGCAGGGUUCCGUCAAUGGCAGCAACUUCCAUCUGGGCUUGGAAGCCUCUGGGAGAAGGAAGCUAGCUUCAAAAUGAGGUGGCAUCGUAUUUUUCUGUCUCAAAGAGGAAGGGAAGGUGUGGGAAGCUUUAGAAACCUUCUGGCAGGGGAAGGAGCUAUAGGAGGCAGGCCAGCCCACUCGCUUCUGCCCGACUGCAGCAAGGGAAAGGUCCCCUCUGGGAUUUGGUGGAGAACAAGCAGCUGGGUUGAAACUGAAAUUCAUUUCUCAAUGCCUUGAAGGGCUGCCUCCACGGUGCAAACCCCGGGGGGAUGGGAGCUGCUGCCCGGCUCCAUCAAUGCCACAGACACCAAGAGCCCCCAUCUGGUACCUUCCACCAGCACUGAAUUCACUUUAAAUGAAGAUCACAGACACAAAUAUGCACCCUGUGCUUGCGCUGCCAGCCCCAUUGGAGAGCACCCACCCUGGGGGGGGACUCCUGCACCUCCUGCUUUGGGCUGGAGGGAAGCAGAGGGCAAAAAGGAGGCCUGGAAGAUGGGAGCCUGACUUUCCCUCCCUGAAGUUGCCUUUUAGUCCUCCCCUCGCUUUCCUUGCUGCACAGUGUCACACCAAAACCAACACCAGUGUGAUGCUGGUGGGCAAACCCUGGAGGCAUUGCUGAGGGUGUUCCUGUGGCAAACCGGAGAUGGGUCUGAACCAAGUCCUGGGACUGGGCCAUCUGCAGACCAGGAGGAAACCUGACUCAGGGUCAGUGCUUCGUGCUUUGCUUGCUGUGAGGAUAAGAAGCCCAACCCGUUGCUGCAGUUACAGGGAGCUCCUCCUGGUCCUGGAC